AUGAACUCCCAAUACCGCCCCUCCCAGCAACAGCAGGGGCGCGUCAAGAAGAAGGAAGAAGACCCUGCCGAUUUCAUGAUAUUAUCCGAUAAAGACAUCGCAUCAUGUAUCACCGAUAUGCAAAUAAGUUUCCAGCCAUCCGAUCUCCUCAAGCCCAACCCUCAAGUCAUUCAGAUGGUGUUCGAACAUUUGGGCGGACUUGUCAUGAAUGCGACCAGAGACACCAUAGAUCCUGCAAUGCGCGCCGCUGCCGAAGAUAUCUGCACCGAGUUUCCUGAAUUAGUACCGACCGAGACAAGACUUCUGAUGGGCUUCUUCGUUCAACUGCGGACGAUGAUGGAACAAUGCGGCAUCAACGACUUCUCCUUCAGUGACCUCCUCCGCCCUACCCACGAUCGCCUCGUCAAGAUUCUAUCCUACACCAUCAACUUCCUACGAUUCCGCGAGCCCCAUACGAGCGUGAUCGAUGAGAAUUCGAACAAGGCAGAAAACACAAAGGCGAGGAUAGAGACUUUGUACACCGAGAAUGAAGAUAUAGAACAAAGACUGGAAGAAAUGAGGCAUAAUAGGAAAGCCAUGGAAGUCGCAGUCAAGGAAAAGAUGCGACGAAAUGACGAAUUGAAGGCCCGCUUGCUGGAACUGCGUAAGGGGCAGGAAAGAGUUGCAGAGCAACUCGAACGAGCAAAGGCCGAGAAGACGCGUGCACAAGCACUUCUGGAGGAGAAGACCGAGCGACUGGUGCGAGCACGACAGGAAAGUGAGAAAUUGCGACCAUACGUCCUACAGAGUCCUGCAGCUUUGCAGAGUACAUUGACGGAGUUGUUGGAAAAUCUGACGCGAGAGAAGGCACAGAUCGACGCUCUCGAGCGCAGGGGACGCGCACUCCAAACAUCUGGGGACAGCUUUACUGUGGUGCAAAAUGAUGUGCAGGCGUGUGUGAAGAUCCUUGAAGAGAUCUCCAUCGAGCUGCAAAAGGAGGACGAAGAAGAAGCACGAGCUGCAAAGAACAGAGAUGCUUUAGCAGAACGAGGCAGCAACGUCCGCGAGGUCGAGCAGAACGAGAAACUUCUUCAAAGACAGCUCAAGAAGUGGGAGGAACGAACAGACGAACUGCGCCGGAAGCAUAAAGAACGAGAUGAAGCCAACAAAGCCAAGAUGGACGAACUCCGAGAAACACAGCGGCAACUUCGCGAAGAGAGAGCCGAGAAGGGCCGAGAAAUGGAGAGAAGGAGGGUCCGAAUUGAGCAAACAGAGAAGAAGAUGGCCGACCUGAAAGACAACAUCGAAAACGAGGUUCAUUCUGCACAUGAAGAAUACCUGAAGCUCGAAUCGCAUAUCAAGUUGUAUGUUACUGAGAUGGAGCAAAGUAUGUGA